GUUUUGCACAUUAUUCUGUACUUUUUUUAUUUGCAUAAUUUUUUAUUGAGUAAUGUUCAAAACAUGGAAGGAAGUCGCACUAUCGUAAAAACAAGUGAAUCAAUUUUAAUUAAAUUGACCAAAUUACUUGCUGUUCUUAGUGGAGUUUACGCUUUGAACUGGUCUAAGAAAACUCCAGGAAAUUUGAUUUUAAACCAUCUUGACAUUCUGGUAGGACUGGCAUACAUAAUUGUAAAUAUAUUUAAUUGUGCAAAAGCUAUGAGAAUAAAUCGAAACAGGUUUUUGCCAAAAAUAUUGACGUUUGCAUUUUCAAUAAGUUCUCUUGGAGUUUUGCUGAAUUAUUUAAUCCGGAGAAAAGCCAGCAAGCAGCUUCAUCUCAAACUAGAAAAGAUCCAGAAAAAGAACAAGGACAAGUUGAAUCUCCAUUGUUCGUUUUUCAUUUUCCCAAUUUUUCUAUUGACCAUUAUCACAAGAUUGUACCUAAGUGUCGACGGUUUGGCGGACAAUUUUAACAUUAUUGCGCAUUUACCGGUAUAUUUUAACAAUUUUAUAAUCAUUCUCGAGUGUUUAACUAUUGAGAAACAACUGCACAUUUUGAACAAGGGAAUGUUGAAACUACUCAACCGCAAAGCCCACCUCAAAAACAUGUUAAGACUAUUUAGCAAAAGAUACGCACAGCUGGUAGAAAUGACUGAUGAAAUGAAUUAUUGCCAUGAGUACGAUUAUCUCAAUAUUACACUUUUGAGCAUGUUACGUACAGUUGUUGUUAUGCACAGAUCAGUAACGACUUUUGCACUCAACUCUUCCAGUAAUACUCUUAAUUUAAAUAAGGAGUUUAUAUUACUUGCAACUAUAAUAAUUGGAAUAUCAUUUCUUGGGACAUUUUAUUACUCAUGCUGGUGCUCCUCAUUACUCACAGAGAAGAGCAAAAAAGCUCUAGAGAAUGCGCUCAGAAUAAAAGUCAGCCUCUACAAAUAUAUGGAUGAUGAGACAAAAUUAGUAAUAAAUGCUUUUAUAAAACAACUUUACAAUAAAGAAAUUAGUAUGUCAUCCUUGAACAUAUUUAAAUUCAACUUAAGAAUGUUUUGUACGUUUGUGGAAAAUGCUAUUACGUACAUCAUUGUUGCUCUACAAUUCUCAGAGACAAAUGGAACUAAAAAUACACGCUGAUUAAAUACUAAGAAUUCAUUAAACAAAAUGUAAAAUUAUAUCCUGUGCACGUAUGUAAAUAAUUGCUAAUAACAUGAGGACCUUUAUCCCCUUUAUAAUACGUGUUGUUGAUUGUUAACAUUGAAUAAUCACAGCACAUAACAAAUUAAUAUAUUAGUACUAAUAUUUUCCUUAAAGUAAAACAGCAUGAACUGUGUAGUUUACACACUAUGAAGAUGGAAUA